AGCUGAUAGUUUCAUGUAUGUGCAACGUAGGCGAGACGAAUGACUCUAGCCACGGUAACUUGUCAAUCGACCAAGGGAUUUUUCUGUUCGUCGAUGACACACUGAAACACGAGGAAUGUCUUCAUCGCAGUGUUUUCACGGGACGAUCGCUUGGUGUUGAAUGGUGAGCGUGUUGUGUCGACUGCUGUGAUCAGAAUCGCGGAUGAACGCUGUGCGCCUGGAAUGACAUCGUCGUCGUCGUCGUCGUCGUCGUCAUCGUCGACGUCGCGCGGUCACACGCGAUUGCAGCAUCGUCGCAAAUGACGCAGACUCGGCUGCUAAGCCGAAUUCUACCACCGGGCGUUCGUCUUCGCGUAGGAAAAAUGUCCGGGAAUAUCGGGACGAAUAUCGCGGCGUCCUCCCGUUGAUUCUGGCGAUUUUUUUGCAGAAAACAAACGUUAAACACAAGCAGAUACGUACGUACGCACGUACAACACAUCCGGGAGCAUCCUUCUGUUUUUCCUUGCUGCUGCUGCUGCGAGGAUCGAUGAACGCGAUCGAGGCAAAGUAUCGUUUUGCGGCAGGUCUUGGUUGAGAAGUAACAAUCAUUUUUACGACGCCCGGAUCGGCCGAAGAACCGUCUUAUAAUAAUAAGCUUUCCAUCAAGACUGCCAAUGUAAGACUGAAUCACUGAUGCAUGGGAUAAUCAUCUUUGAUGUCAAGUACGGUCAGCAUCAAUGGGAAACUGUUUCUCGUGCUUCAAGGUGCCACUUCCACCAUCAACCAAUACCGAACAAUCAAUUGCAUUGGAGCAUAAAGAAGAAACAAUGGAACUCAGAGGUUUGUUCCCAAGUUCUUGCCAACAAUCUGGUCCUUUUGUGCCUGAAACACAUGUAAAUGGAAAUAGGAAAUCUAUAAGUACACUAUCUACAUUUAAUAAUGUAGGCUCAGAUAAUUGUGGUUCUGUGCCUAGUGUACAAAAUAAUCUGCGCUUAUCACGCGGAUUUUAUGCGAGAUUACAGCCAUUAGGACGAUCUGGUACAUCAUCUGGUCUUAAUUUAGCUACCGAAUCUAAGCAACAAAAGGAACCAUCGGAGAGCAAAUUAAAUGCACUUUUUUACCAAUAUAAGGAUCCUCAUGAAGAUGCGAUAUUAGCUGAUGGCAUAGAAAGACUCUGUGAUGAUUUACAAUUAUCACCUGAUGAAUUUAAAGUUCUUGUGCUUGCAUGGAAGUUAAAUGCAGAGCAAAUGUGCCAAUUCACACGCCAAGAAUUUAUCACAGGAUUAAAAGCUAUGAAGGUCGACAGUAUACGUGGUAUACAGGCACGAUUGCCUGAAAUUGUUCAGGAAUUGACGGUCAAUAGUGAUUCAUUCAAAGAUCUCUAUCGAUUCACAUUCCGAUUUGGCCUCGACGUGACGUCUGGUCAAAGAAUUUUACCGGCUGACAUGGCAAUCGUCCUUUGGAGACUUGUCUUCACAAUACGUGAACCUCCGCUCUUGAUGAGAUGGCUUAAUUUCCUCAAAUGUCAUCACAUCCGGGGGAUACCUAGAGAUACUUGGAAUAUGUUUCUAAACUUUGUCGAAAGCAUUGGUGAUGAUCUUGGUGCUUACGAUGAUGCAGAAGCAUGGCCAAGCUUGUUUGAUGACUUUGUGGAGUACGAAAAUGACCAAAUGAACCAAAAUAUCACUAAAGAUGAUAUUAUGAAAAAUACUUCUAUUGACAAAGAUUAAUGUUUGUAUUUGAAGGAAAAUAACAAUGAAGCAGAAAAAUAUUGUUGUCUUAAAUCCGACCUUUGAACAGGAUCGUCUAAAUGAUAUUAUUCUAAGAAAGAUCGACUUUUUAUUCUUAUCAGUAUAAUCGAGGAAGCUGUAUUCCUGAUUAUUUU